AUGUCGAGUACAAAAAGGAAGAAAGAACAGCAAAAGAAAAAUCGAGCCCAAAAGCGGCCACCGCCCCAGGGUCUCCGCCUCCGCCCGUCCGCUCGUUCAAUUGUCCCCCCCACCUUGAGCUUCCGCCUUGAGCUUUCCGCCUUGUUCAACCAGACCGUCAUGGGCGUAGAUCGACGAGAUCCAGAUGGCGAUUCUGAAAUGGCCUCCUCAGUAGGCUCAGUCCACUCUGACUCCGAUAAUCCUGACCACGGAGCCCGCACACCCACGCGCCUCGCACAAUCCUCGGCAGUCGCCGCCGCAGAGCUCUCUCCGCCAGGCCAAACGGACAAAGAGGCAUCAGGUGCUGCGAUUGCAAAGCAAGCCGCGGAAUGGAAGACCAAGGCUGAGUCCCAGCGGGCAUGGGAGCAUGUCAUUGAUCGGGACUUCACGCUUGAUCAAUUUGGAGACCCUUUCGAUGAGCGCGAUAUGCAAUAG